UAUCUCGGCUCAAAACUUGCUUGAGUUUCUUCUUCAAUUUCUGCAUAAUACACUCUCGUUCUUAACGGAUCAUGUCUGGAAAUGGCGCGGCGUCGACCAUCGCAAACCCCAACCGUUCCACUCAGGUGGUUAAACCUCCUAGUGAUUCGGUUUCCAGCCUAAGCUUCAGCCCCAAAGCAAACGUUUUCGUGGCUACUUCUUGGGAUAAUCAGGUUGGAUGUUGGGAGGUGCAGAAGUCUGGUAACGAACUCAGCACUGUUCAUAUGGGAUCAAUGUCACACGACAAGCCGGUGUUGUGCUCUGCUUGGAAAGAUGAUGGGACAACUGUGUUUUCUGGAGGGUGUGACAAGCAAGUUAAGAUGUGGCCGUUAGCAUCGGGUGGGCAGCCUGUUACAGUGGCCGUGCAUGAUGCUCCGGUUAAAGAAGUUUCUUGGAUCCCGGAGAUGAGUCUCUUAGUCACCGGAAGCUGGGACAGGACUCUGAGGUAUUGGGAUCUGAGACAGCAAUCUCCAACUUGGGUACAACAACUUCCAGAUCGCUGCUAUGCACUGGCAGUUCAACAUCCUCUUAUGGUUGUUGGGACUGCUGACAGAAAUAUAAUCGUCUUUGAUUUGCAGAAACCUCAGACUGAGUAUAAGAGAUUUUUCUCACCUCUCAAUCACCAGACUAGGUGUUUGGCUGCUUUUCCUGAUAAGCAAGGUUUCUUGGUUGGUUCAAUCGGAGGAAGAGUUGGUGUGCAUCAUUUUGAUAAGCCGCAGACAGAUAAAACUUUUACUUUCAAGUGUCACAGGCAAGGCAGUGUGGUUUACUCUGUCAACUCGCUAAACUUUCACCCUACACAUCACACAUUUGCUACCACUGGAUCUGAUGGAAGCUUCAGUUUUUGGGACAAGGAUAAUAAGACGAGGCUCAAGGAAAUGGCACGAUGCAAUCAGCCAGUAACUUGCAGCAGUUUUAACCACGAUGGUUCUAUCUUUGGAUAUUCGGUUUGUUAUGACUGGAGCAAGGGGGCCGAAAAAUAUGAUCCGGCAACAGCAAAGACCAACAUAUACCUCCACCAGCCUCUGGAAGUGGAUGUUAAACCCAGACUCCCUUUAGCAAGAGGAAGAAGGUGAUGUUUCAGACAAGAAGAAUUUCACUUUGUACACAAAACUUUUGUUCUAAAGAGUAGUACUCCAUACAUAGGCUAGCAGCAGCAGAGUUAGUUCAAGAAUGGUUUAUCAAAAUGUGAAUAUGGUUAAUUACAA